AUGAAUAAUACUUAUCUUCUAAGGACCUGUUACUUGUUGGCGGCUAUGUUUUGCUUAGCAUUGAUUAUCGAUUAUCUCAUUACAGCGCUUAAUCGACUUGGCUCCGACAAGGAAUCAGCCACCAAUUCAGAUUUUGGCGCAGAGGAGGUGGGUGGCAAUGAAGAGUUGAUUACCGACGAUGAAGAAUUGAUUACCAACGAUGAACAAGGGAUUACCGACGAUGACGAGUGGGUUACCGACGAUGAAGAAAAGGUUACCGACGAAGAAAAGAUGACGAGCUUAUUCGGGAAAUUGCCUACUUAG